GUCGACCUCUUUCCUCGCAGCCUCUCCAGAAACCCUCUGUCCGUGGCUUGCUCUUCCGCCUUGUUUUACACUGCCCCGUCAACAUGGCUGUUGGUGACGCCGGUGAAGUCCAAGCUGUAGGCUUGGACCCUGCCAUGGUGGACGCUUCAGGCGACCCCACGCGCGCCCACCCCGAACUUCACACUGCUGGUGCGCCCGCCUACCUUCACUCCGAGGGCAAGGCCACGCUCCAGGAGGCCUACCUCUCAGAGGCAGAUGACUUCCCCACCGACGAGGAGCUCGCUACUCUGCCCCGUGUCCCUGCCAAGAUCCCGUGGAAAAUCUACACUAUUGCCUUUGUCGAAUUGGUCGAGCGUAUGAGUUACUAUGGCACUAUCGCUGUCUACUCCAACUUCAUUGCUAAGCCGCUCACCACUCCCACUGGCGCUGCUCUCCACCCCAGCGAUGCUGAGGCCCAGCCCGGUGCCCUGAACAUGGGCAAGCAGGUUGCCUUCAGUCUGACUACCUUCAACGCCUUCUGGGUCUACGUCUGCCCGCUGUUUGGUGCCUGGAUUGCCGACACGUACCUGGGUCGCUUCAAGACGAUUCUCUACUCGGUCCUUGUUGCUGAAAUCGGUCACCUUAUCCUCGUCGCCUCGGCUGCUCCCUCGGUCAUCAAGCACUCCAACACUUCGCUCGGUGUCUUCAUUCUCGGUCUCAUCAUCAUGGGUCUGGGAACUGGAACAUUCAAGCCCAACAUUGCGCCCCUCAUUGCCGAGCAGGUUCCUCAGGAGAAGAUGCGUGUCGAGACCCGCGGCACCAAGCGCGUCAUUGUCGACCCGGCCGUCACCACCACCCGCAUUUACAACUGGUUCUACUUCUUCAUCAACAUUGGUGCCCUCGUCGGCCAGAUCAGCAUGGUUUACGCUGAAAGAUACGUGGGCUUUUGGCUCGCGUACCUGAUUCCCACCGUCAUGUUCGUCAUUGCGCUGCCCGUGCUCAUCUUCUGCAAGAAGUUCUACAUUCUCCGCCCCCCGAGCGGCAACGUCAUGGGCCCUGCGUUCAAGCUCCUGUUCAAGGCUCUUGGGAACGGCAUGAGCGUCAACCCCGUCAAGACGUGGAAGAACUGGAACUCGGGCACCAUGUGGGACUCUGUCAAGCCGUCCACCCUGGGUGCCAACAAGCCCAGCUGGUACAACUUUGACGACGCCUGGGUCAGCGAGGUUGCCCGUGGUUUCGGCGCUUGCUCCGUCUUCUUCUGGGUGCCCAUCUUCUGGCUGGCCUACCGUCAGAUGGACUCCAACCUGACUCAGAUGUGCGCCACCAUGAAGCUCGGUGGUGUCCCCAACGACAUUCUGUCCAACCUUGACCCCAUUGCUAUUAUCAUCAUUGUGCCCAUCAUGGACAGUGUCUUCUACCCCUUCCUCCGCAAGCGCGGCAUCCGCUUCACCCCCAUCAAGAAGAUCACCGCUGGUUUCAUCCUCGGUGCCUUUGCCAUGGUCUGGGCCGCCGUCCUCCAGCACUACAUCUACAAGACCUCUGGCUACUACGAGACCCACGACCCCGACUACAAGACGGACAUUUCCGUCUGGGCCGUUACCGGAGUCUACGUCCUGAUUGCCAUUUCUGAGAUCUUCGCCUCGGUCACCACCCUCGAGUACGCCUUCACCAAGGCGCCCAAGAACAUGCGUUCGCUCGUCCAAUCCGUUCAGCUCUUCACCACGGCCUUUUCCGCUGCCCUCGCCCAGGCCUUCACCCCGCUCACCGCCGACCCCCACAUCACGUGGAACUACGGCAGUGUCGCCAUCAUCUCCUUCGCCACCGGUAUCAUGUUCCACUUUGUAUACCGCAGCAUGGACAAGCAGGAAGACGCCCUCAACUUGCUUCCUACCGGUCACAUUGGCACCGAGGAGCAAGCCGCCGAUCUCGAGCACCGCCAGAGCAUCAACGAGGAGCGUCGUGCUGCUGCUACUACUACUACUACUGCGCAUGCUGAGAAGAUGUAAAGUUGUGUGAUUGUGUUUGCAUUGCAUAUACUUUGUGUUGUCGCGAAAUGACGAUAUAUACCCCACCCCUUUUGUCAUUGUUGUUGUCAUGGUCAUGUGUGGAUGAAUUGUGUUGGAAGUGGAUAAUUAAUGACGAAUGAUUUUGAAUAUCAAAAAAAAAUUUCCAC